AUGGCCAGCCCUUUUGACCGUCGUCCCAUUCAUGACUAUUUCAUCGCCUCUCCCCUUGUCGCCCUUCUUUAUCCCGUGCACCAAGUCCUCCUUCGUUUGCGAGGUCCCCCUCGACGACCAUCUCCAGAUGUCCAGCCCAUCCGCGUAGUCUGCAUCUCAGACACCCACACCCUCGAAUGGCCCGACGUGCCAGAAGGGGACCUCCUGAUCCACGCAGGCGAUCUAUGUAACGAUGGCUCUGUCCGGGAGAUUCAAGCCACCGUCGACUGGCUCCGCAGCCUGCCCCAUCCCCAUAAGAUCGCCAUCGGGGGAAAUCAUGAUAGCUACUUCGACGUGCGGUCGCGCCUAGAGGAGGACCGCGACUCGACCAGCUCCUUUGCAGCAGUCUCCUCGGCGGCCUCGAUUCACUCCCUCGACCUGAAUAACCGCAUCGACUGGGGAGAUAUUCACUACCUCCAACAUUCCGCCGUCACCCUCGCCUUCAAAGACACAUCCACCCCCUCGCAAACCACACCUUUGACAAGCUCCCGCUCGCGCGCCCUGACCAUCUACGGCGCACCACAAAUCCCGGCCAUUGUUCCCUUUGGCCCCGAGCAUGCCUUCACGUACCCGCCCCAGCACGACGCUUGGUCCGGCACUGUUCCCCAAGAAACUGAUAUUUUGGUCACUCAUACACCACCCCAAGCCCAUCUGGACCUCUCUCCUAUUUACUCAAUCGGUUGUCCCAACUUACUGGCAGAAUCAUGGCGCGUUCGUCCCGCCCUGCAUGUCUUUGGUCACGUCCAUCACUCCGCCGGUCAAGAACCGAUCUUCUGGGAUGAGGCCCAGCGUGCCUGGGAGAGGUUGUGUGCGUCACGCCGUGGUCGGGCUCGCUUGACUCGUCUAGCCUCGCUGGCUGGUUUCCUCCGCGACCUCUUCGAUCUCACGGCGUGGAUGGAUGCUGCGCGGGUCGUCGGCUAUGGCAUUCUCGGCGUGGUCUGGGCUCACAUCUGGGGUGGUGAGAGCAGAGGUGGUAGUUGGAUGGUAAAUGCCGCCUGCAUGUAUGGUGAUUCGGGGCGGUUGAAAAACCCGCCCCAGGUGUUUAAUUUGUAA